UAUCACUUCCUUGUUUUGCUGUCUCCUCCACCAAAGCCUUCAUAUUUUUUUUUCUCCAUAAAACACACAAAUAAUCAAGUGACGCCUCUAAGAUGGCUAUGGUAAAGAGUGGCUGGCUCCAUCGACAAAGCACCAUACUGCGCCGGUGGAAGAGAAACUGGUUCGACUUGUGGGCCGACGGACGCCUCGUGUUCUACAAUGAUCAGCAACGGUCCGACCUUGAGGAUGACAUCCACAUGAGAGUCGACUGCAUCAACAUCCGCAACUCUGCUGCAUGUCAAGAGCUGAACCCACCGGAGGGGAAGAUGCGUGAUGCCUUACUCCAGAUAGUGUGCAGAGACGGCCGGGUCAUCAGCCUGUGUGCAGACAGUGCGGAUGACGCUCUGGCAUGGACCAUGGCACUUCAGGAUGCCAGAAUCAAUACGGUGGUUGCUACACCUCAGGUCAACUAUGCACAGGAAGUGAUGGCGUCGGCUCCUCCCCCCUACUCAGAAUAUGCUCCCCCACCUCAGCAGGUCUAUGCUCCGGGUCCGUAUGGAGAGUAUGUUGCGCCUCCACCUCACGCUACACAGAUCAUGUACGCUCCUGACGGGCAGCCCUACGCUGUAGCUUAUCCUUACCAGUACCAAGGUGGGUACGCCGCUCCAGGAGUGAACCACGUCGUCAUUCGAGAACGGCGGCGCGAUGAUGGAGGAGACGUGGCUUUGGGCAUGCUGGCCGGAGCGGCAACCGGCCUGGCGCUCGGCUCUCUGUUCUCUGUCUUCUAAUGUCUCCAUUAAUGUUCAUCCAGUAAGCACCCCCCCCCUCUUUCUUUUGCAGCAUUCAGCUUCUUCUCUGUGCCAUCACAUGAGUCGGAGUAAAAUGCAUCUUUUGGGCUAUUUCCAUCUAUGAAGCAUGAUUGUGAUGGGCAGUGAUCUGCUCUCUAAGUGUUCUAUAUACACACACACACACACACACACACACACACACACACACACACACACACACACACACACACACACACACACAGUAAAUACUGUUAGCACUUUCUCAUACACCCCGUGUGGCAGUUUCCUACCCCCUCCGUGUUGUCUGAAUAUGAAUGUUAUUUAACCAAAAAAUACAAUUACUCAAUUUUCAAAAGAUACAGUGUGAAGCAUCUAGGGUGAUGUGUUGGCAGAAAUGUAAUAUAAUAUUAUAAUGGCUUUGUUUUUGUGAGUUUAGAAUGAGCCGUUUAUAUAUUUACAUCAGGAGCCUGCCACUGUAUUUCUACGGCAGCCCCAAACGGACAAACCGAACACCGGCUCUAGAUGGGGACAUUCGCCGAAGUUCUCCUACACGCUUAGCAGUUUUAUGCAAUCUGCAACCUCACCAAUAGACGGCGGCAACAACCUACACACCAGACCUUCAGUAGAGAUGCACCGAUUGCAGUUUUUCUCGGCCGAUUCCGAUUGUUUUCAAAAGUCUGACCUUCCCAUUUUGAUUUUGUUUCUCUCUAAGAGUAAUAAUUCAAAGCUUAAACCAACAGUUUUCUUUCUCGAAAAGUUGCAAAUCAAUUGUAUGUUCAUCAUUAAACGGCUAGUUGUCCUAAAAGCUUUUUAAGGUUGUUCUUUAGCGGCUUACUUUGGACUUGCAGUGGUUACAAAUUGCGAGCUUUAUGACCUUCCACACAGAGGACGACAUACUGUUUUUGUAUGCGUGGCAUUACUGUCUGUGCCGUGGAAUGAAAACCAUCACAAGGCAUGUGUGUGUAAAUUUGACCGGCAAAAAACGGAUAUAUGAGAUUGAUCGGUGCAUCUCUAUUUAUUAAGAGUUAUUUAAAUAACAGGAAAGACACUCCCCCGUUUUAUGUACUGUACAUUUCAGGUCCUCACUUUUUUUUUUCAAGUUUGUUUCUGAUUCAUGGAGCACAUUUGUCCUUUACAUUUGCAGAAUUAGUUUUUUUUUGUGUUCACCUCUCUGUACUGUACCUUUAAUUUGUUUUACAUGUAUUAUUUGUCUGUUUUGGUUGUGAACAUAUGCAGUGUUUCUUUGGUUCCUCGGAUUAUUUGUGGUGGAGGCAGGCUGGGAUGAGAGUUGUGCACACACACACACAUACAAAGCAAUAAUCAUUUCCAUUUCAGCAUUUUGAGGUGGAAUCUGAUUGUGAAGGAUGUCUGAUGUCACCACCACAAAUACGUCUAGGUAUGAGGAAACGCUGGAUGAAAACGAUGUGCUUUGAAGUGAAAAGGGACGUCACUCCUCCUAACUCUUAUGUGCACUCUUAUGCAUGCAUUAUUUAUGGCCAUGUUUUCAUUGGCAGCUGUUGAACCAUAAUUUUCUUUUCUUUUUUAUUUGAAAUGAUAUUUUGGUUUUCAUUUCAGUAGGUUCGGUGCAGUACGCACAAACACCAAUCAGGUCGAUCCGUUCUCUUGAUAUUUACAUUUCAAUUGGCCUGGGCUUUUAGUUUUCACUCCAAAUGACUUAAAUAGAUUAUUUCCACUAUUUAUGCAAAUUGUGGAAAGUUUAUCUUGAAAAAGCAACUUCUGCUCAAUAGAAAACAUGUUUGGUCUGCUCUUCAAAGAAACUGCAUAUCUUUAAUAAUAACUAACAAAAGUGUUUAAAGCUUAAUUAUUUCAUUGAAGCAAAUAAUCAGCUUGUGCAAGCAGCGUAACUUUGAUGUCAUUUUUCUACAAGUCUUAAAUAGUUUGAGGACGUGAAAUUAACCUCUUAUAUAUUUCUCCUCUCAAAUGUACUAAUUAAAUGAUGAUGUACCCUGCACUUAGAAUACAACGUAUAUAAGAUAGUUAACUAAGAGAUGUAUUUUCAACAAUUAAAUAUAUAUUCACAA